GGUGAUUUCCAAUUGAAGACCCGACCAGGCACGAUCGAUUGGUACAAUAUAUUUAUUAUCUUUCGAUGUUUUAAAAACAGAUGGGUAUAUCUCCCCACUGCGGGUCUAGUUUUUAAUAUUUAAAUGUACAAAGGCUCACGAAUCUUUUUAAAAAGACUUGACAUUUAGUCGAUGUUAAGCCACUGACGGAGCAGGACAUCAACAUAUGGUUUUUUGCAAGGUGUAUUUUGCUGGGCCAAACGUGAUAAUCGCGCAUGUGACACAUUAUACGUACGUUACGAGUGAUUGACCGCGCAGAGUCAAGAGAGAGAGAGAGAGAGAGAGAGAGAGAGAUCAUUAUCAGGGCGCAACGACACGAUUUUCUACGAAAAUUUCACUCGCACUCGAGUCGCCUUAUCAUUGACCUUGGGUCGAAUCCAACUCAAUGACUUCGAUUGGUCAAUUUUAUAUAGAACCGAUUUUCAAGUUAACGUCGGUACUCAAAGCCCGAACGAAGAUGGAUGCAUCUUAUCUCCGAGGCCAGCAAGUAAUUUUAAUUCACAUCGUCGUGCAAAUUUUAACGGUACUCACGCACUCGGCGGAGAGCUCGUACAAGAGUACCGAUCGGUACUUGUCGUCGAUAAAGAGCGAAGAUCGCGACCAGCAGCUGCUCGUACCGUUCGCGGCGCUUGGCCUAGUACCCCUGGACGCGAGCGCCAAUUAUUCCGACAGUAAUUUCAUCCCCGAGGAAUUCGAGGACGACAACGACGAUUACAACGAUCCCUUCCGGGACGGCCGCAUCGACGCCGCGCCGACCUUCGUCUCGGGCAUGGAGAGAUUCGCGGGUGCUCUCGUCGCGCCGAUCAAGUACUCGCUGCAGAUGGGCAAGAGCGGCGGCGGCGGCGGCGAUUUUCCAACCGGUCGUAGCCGAGGAAUGAAGCAGCUGAAUCUGUUCGGCAGAGCGGCUCAGCGCACCUUCAACGACGUGCUCAACGCGGUCGGCGAGAGAUUCAAGGCCAUUUAUCCAGGUACCGAGUGGUGCGGAGCUGGAAGUUUAGCUAGCAGUUUGGAUCAAGUCGGUCUAUUUAAAAAUACGGAUAAGUGUUGCAGGGCUCACGAUCUUUGCAAAAUGAACUUGGGAGCUGAUCAGGUCAGAUUCGGUCUAGUGAACAAUGGCAUCUUCACGAGAUCUCAUUGCGAAUGCGAUUCGAAUUUUUAUCGAUGCUUGAAAAAAACUCGAUCGCUGAUUGCUGGGAAUAUCGGCGUAACGUACUUCAACGUUCUGAGGCCGCAGUGCUUCAAACUGGAAUAUCCUGCGCGAUGCGUCAAGUACGAAAAAGCUCGUUUCAGAAAUAACAAGUGCGUAUUGUACGAAUUUGAUGUUAAUUACAAUAAAACGUGGCAAUGGUUCGACAAUCCAGAUUUUAUUUGAUGGAUAGGAUGUCGAGAGCAUCGUACUUAUCAGUAUUGUAAAUAAUCACUGUUGUAAAUAUUUUGUUAUU